UUGCGCCUGCGCACUCGAGGCGUCGGUGUCAAACAUGGCUGUGCUUUUGAAGAAAGAAAAAUGCUGAAUUGUGCUGGAGGACUUGGAAGAAAAAAGAGGCAAACAUGGCUAGACUGGCUGACUAUUUCAUCAUCGUUGGAUAUGACCACGAAAAAACGGGUUCAGGAGAAGGAUGCGGCAAAAUCAUCCAGCGCUUCCCAAAAAAGGACUGGGAUGGCACAGCAUUUCCUCAGGGUGUGGAGAUGUUUUGUCAGCCAGGAGGAUGGAGACUAUCCCGUGAACGGAAGCCUCCUACAUUCUUUACAGUGGUGCUGACUGACAUCGACUCAGACCGACACUACUGCUCCUGUCUGACCUUCUACGAGGCUGAAGUCAACCUGCAGGGCACGAAGACGCUGCGAGGCGACGGAGACGAAGACGAGGAAGAAGACGGUCUGAUCCAGCCAGCUCAAGCGUUUGCACCAAAAAGUCUAAUCCUGGUCUCCAGAUUAGAUUUUCCAGAAAUAUUCAGGGGCUGUUUGGGGCUGAUCUACACCGUUUACAUCGACAAUCUGAACUUCCCUCUGGAAGGCCUCGUGGCGAACCUCCUCACGUGCAUUGUGCCUACAGCAGGAGGCUCCCAGAAGCUCUUUUCUCUCGGAGCCGGAGACCGACAGCUGAUCCAGACUCCACUCAACGAUGACCUGCCAGUUACCAAUAAAAGCGUCGCUCUCCUCUUCCAGCAGCUAGGCAUCCAGAAUGUUCUGAGCCUUUUCUGCGCCGUUCUGACCGAACACAAGGUUCUGUUCCACUCCACCAGCUACCAGAGACUCGGCGAGGCCUGCCGAGCUUUAGAAGCCCUGAUGUUUCCUCUCAAAUACAGCUACCCGUACAUUCCCAUCCUCCCGUCUGGGCUGCUGGAGGUCCUCAGCUCGCCCACGCCCUUUAUCAUCGGGGUACACUCCAUGUUCCAGAGUGAAAUUCAGGAGCUGCUGGACGUGAUCGUCGCCGACCUGGAUGGCGGAACGAUCAAAAUCCCGGAGUGUAUCCAUCUGUCUCAGCUCCCCGAGCCUCUCGUACACACUACACACAGCUGUCUGUCUGCGGUUUUGCACCCAGAUCUGGAGAUAGCUGAUAACGCCUUCCCUCCUCCGCGCUCCGCUGCGUCCAACCUCAAACUGCUGGAUAAGGAGGUGAGAGCGGUCUUCCUGCGCUUGUUUGCACAACUGUUUCAGGGCUACAGGUCCUGUCUGCAGCUCAUUCGCAUCCACUCUGAACCCGUGAUUCACUUUCACAAGGCUGCCUUCCUGGGCCAGCGUGGCCUGCUCGAGAACGAUUUCCUGCCCAAGGUGUUAGACGGCAUGGCCUUCGCCGGGUUUGUGUCCGAGAGAGGGCCUCCGUACAGAGCCUGUGAUCUCUUUGACGAGCUGGUGGCUUACGACAUGGCGCGCUUUAAGGAGGAAGAGGAGAACCCAGGCAUACUUCAGAAGCACACUAGAGAGCUGUCAGAGCAGCUUUACCGCAAUGAAAAUCCCAACCCUCAUAUGGCCUUUCAGAAGGUUCCUCGGCCCAGCGAGGGCUCUCAUCUCCGGGUGCACAUGACGCCCUUUCCCCUGCUACAUGAGGAGAAGGUCGAGGAGCUCACGCACGAGGGCCUGGCCAAACAAAACUAUUCCAACAUCAGUACGCGGGUCGAGAAGAAGUGUGUGGUGCCUGCAGGUCCCCCUGUGGUGUCAAUCACAGGGAAGGCCAGCUCGGUGUUCAACAGCGCCCGGCGCCUAGAGGUUGUCCGGAGCUGCAUCGGCUUUAUCUUCGACAACAAGACGCUGGAGACCGAGAAGGCUCUCCCUGCUGCCCUGCGUGCCCUGAAAGGCAAAGCGGCUCGGCAGUGUCUGACCGAAGAACUCAGUCUACACGUGCAGAUGAACCGCGCCAUCCUGGACCACCAGCAGUUCGACCACAUAGUGCGCAUGAUGAACUGCGCCCUUCAGGACUGCUCCAAUUCUGAAGAGUAUACGGUGGCUGCAGCUUUGCUUCCCCUGACCACAGCCUUUUAUCGGAAACUGGCCCCAGGUGUGAACCAGUUUGCCUACACGUGCGUGCAGGAGCACCCCAUCUGGACCAGUCAGCAAUUCUGGGAGACCACGUUCUACUCCGAGGUGCAGAACCAGAUCAGGGACCUGUACCUCAACGCCCCGGAGGAGAAGCACCUCCUCACAGCUCGACUCAAGGAUCCAGGUUCCUCUUCGGGUCCGGCCCCCGCCCGAUCGGAGCGGACAGCUAUGGACCUGGCAGCCGAGCAGCUGCGCGCGUGGCCCGGCCUUAGCAAGGAGAAACAGCUGGAGCUGAUAAAGAGCGAAGAGAGCACGGUGUUCAGCCAGGCCAUCCACUACGCCAGCCUCAUGGUCUACCUGCUCGUGCCUCUGGACGCCAGCAAGAACAAGCUGCUCCGCACGGCUCCGCCUGCAGCCGACUGGGAGAGCUGCAGCAACAGCAUCGUCACCAACAGCAUCGCCGGCAGCGUUGCGGAAAGCUUCGACACGGAGAGCGGGUUCGAAGACUCGGAGAACAGCGACAUCGCUAACUCGGUGGUGAGGUUCAUCGCCCGCUUCAUCGACAAGGUGUGCACCGAGAGCGGAGUCACCCAGGACCACAUCAAGAACCUGCACAGUAUGAUUCCAGGCAUCGUGGCUAUCCAAAUGGAGACUCUGGAGGCUGUUCAUAGGGAAAGCAGGAGACUUCCACCCAUCCAGAAGCCAAAGAUCCUUCGGCCUACGAUGCUCCCCGGAGAGGAGUUGGUAAGCGAGGGGCUGAGGGUUGUCCUGGACGCCGAUGGACGCGAGGACGCGACGGGAGGACUUCUGGGAGGGCCUCACGUGCUGCCCGCGGAGGGGGCGCUCUUCCUCACUACCUACCGCAUCAUCUUCAAAGGCACUCCUCAUGAUCCUUUAGUCGGCGAGCAGCCUGUGAUUAGAAGUUUUCCAGUGUCCACACUGACUAAAGACAAAAAGAUCACCGUUCAGAUCCAGCUUCAGCAGAACAUGCAAGAAGGCCUGCAGCUUAGAUCCGCCUCCUUCCAGCUGAUUAAGGUGGCGUUCGACGAGGAAGUGACCUCUGAAAUGGUGGAGAUCUUCAGGAAGCACCUGCAGAGGAUUCGUUACCCGCAGUCCAUCUUCAGCACGUUUGCCUUCGCGGCAGGACAGACGGCUCCGCAGCUUCUCCUGCCCAAGCAGAAGGAGAGGAACACGGGUUUCCGCACGCUCUCCAAAACCAUCGUAAAAGGAGCGAAGAGAGCAGGUAAAAUCACCAUGGGACGUCAGUCCACGCUGCAGAAGAAAAGCGAAAGAGGUACGCGUAUGACCUGGAACGAGGACGACGACAUCUCGGUAUCGGACGACGGCGAGCCGCCCUCCAGCAGCACUCUGAAGUCCUCGGACAAGUCCACCAUGGAGCAGCUGGUGGAGCGUGCCUGCUUCCGGGAUUACCAGAGACUGGGUCUGGGCACCAUCACCGCCAGCUCCUCACGCUCCAAAAGCGGAGAGCAGUUCCGCGUGACGGCGGUCAACAGACUCUACUCGCUCUGUCGCAGUUACCCCGGGCUGCUGGUGGUGCCUCAGUCGGUGCAGGACGGCAGUCUACAGAAAGUCGCACGCUGCUACAGACAUAACCGGCUGCCUGUCCUGAGCUGGAAAAACCCUCGCACCAAAGCCGUGCUGCUGCGCGCCGGCGGCUUCCACGGGAAGAGCGUAGUGGGACUGUUCAAGUCGCAGAACCCCUCCACGACAGCUCCUGUCUCUUCGUCCGAGUCGUCCAGUAGUCUGGAACAGGAGAAGUACCUGCAGGCCAUCCUCAGCUCCAUCCCUGUCUACUUCAAAUCCAACGGCAGCAACACACUGUCCAACCGCUCCCUCAUCGGUCUUUCUCCAGCAACUGAAAGAAGGACUUCCAGAAUACCAAAGAUGGUUCCUGUCCACUUGGAUAUUUCUUUCUCCAACAGUUUUACCAGAGGAGUACUUGGGUACAAGGACAAACUUUUCACUCACACAAACCAAGCUAAAGGGAGACUCCACAAUCAAGGCGUGUGGGCGAGCCUGCGCUCCAGCAACAGGUUCAGCCAACACCUCUCUACAGCCGACGUAGGGGCACGGCUGGCAGGCAAGGAUCCGACGCCCCCUGCAGGAAUCGAAAGCCUCCAGACGCAGCUCCUCAAGCACCAAGCGGCUCUCUACAUCUUCGGAGAAAAGUCUCACCUCAGGGGCUUCAAGCUGGACUCCCUGCUGAACUGCGAGCUGGUACCGGUCGAGUUUGCGGACACGCGGCAGACCAAAGCCGCCUUCAAAAAAUUGCUGCGGGCGUGCGCUCCCAGCGCCUCGUCUACCGACUCCAACGAAACGUUCCUCAAAGCCCUGGAGGAAAGCGAAUGGAUCUUGCAGCUGCACAAGCUGCUCCAGCUGGCCCUCAUCCUAGUGGAGCUGUUGGACAGCGGGUCUUCGGUGUUGCUGAGUCUGGAAGACGGCUGGGACGUCACCACGCAGGUGGUGUCUUUGGCGCAGCUGCUCAGUGACCCGUUCUACCGGACGUUGGAGGGCUUCCAGGUCCUGGUGGAGAAGGAAUGGCUGUCGUUCGGACACAAGUUCAGCCAGCGCAGUAACCUGACCCCCAGCAGCCAGGGCAGUGGCUUCACACCCAUCUUCCUGCAGUUCCUCGACUGCGUGCACCAGGUCCAUAACCAGUACCCGUUGGAAUUCGAGUUCAAUCAGUACUAUCUGAAGUUCCUGGCGUACCACUACGUCUCCAAUCGCUUCAAGAACUUCCUCUUGGACUCGGACUACGAGCGCCUCGAGCACGGCACAUUGUUUGAGGAUAAAGGAGACAAGCAGGCCAAGAGAGGGAUCUGUAUCUGGGAGUGCAUAAACCGAAUGCACCGCAGAAGUCCGAUCUUCUUCAACUACCUGUACAGCCCUUCAGAGGCAGAGCCGGUCUUAAAGCCGUCCAUCUCCAUACCCAACCUGACCAAAUGGGAGUUCUACACGGCCGAGACCCUGUCCACCGGACCCUCAUACGACUGGGGGAUGCUGGCCGUUCCGACAGAGAGCUCAGAGGAGUUGGACACUAUCGCCACCAGCAAGAGGAGGAUCGUCUGGCCCUGCUACAGCAGCGUAGCCCGCGCCCAACCCGACGCCAUCACUAAGCUCCUGGCUGAUAUUGAGAGAUUGGAGGGAGAGCUUGGGCAGGUGCCCGACCGAUGGCAUGUUACUCUAGAGAAAGCGAGAGUCAGUGUACAGGACGACCUCAAACAAGAAGGCAAUCUACGAAAACAGUCCGUGUCCGUCUCGGGCUUGAUCCCUACCUCUAACCUGCAGGCGUAUCAGCGCCACUCCAUGCUGCACCUCCCGGACAACGGCCUGGGCGAGGACAGCAGCCCCACGACAGCCAACGGCAUGAGUCGCCGAGCCGCAACGCUCUAUAAUCAGUUUACACCCAAGAACGACGAGAACAGGUCAUUUGAAGGUGUCCUGUAUAAAAGAGGUGCCUUACUUAAAGCCUGGAAGCGUCGAUGGUUCGUUCUGGACAUAACAAAACAUCAGCUGAGGUAUUACGAUACGGAUGAAGACGUCAGCUCCCGCGGCCACAUCGACCUGGCUGAGGUGGAGUCGGUCGUAAUCGCCACCCCGACCAUAGGUGCUCCCAAAUACAUCAGUGAGAAGGCCUUCUUCGACCUGAAGACGACUAAGAGGGUGUACAACUUCUGCGCGGAGAACGCUCAGAGCGCGCAGCAGUGGAUGGAUAAGAUCCAGAGCUGCAUCUCGGACGCCUGAAGCCCCGACGACUCGGACCCUCCACCUUCAUCACUGCCGUCUCCUUCCCUGCACGGAGACUCACUGUGCGUUAGUAGGAGCAUAGCGAAGCCCUCAGUGCCUGUCGAAGAGCAGAGUGAGAUACCAGAGGACCACGCUCUCACUGAAUCACUACAAAGUGUGCACUCAGGCUGCAGACUCACUGCCACACUAAUCCUCCACCAAACUGUGCUUAUGCGCAUUACACGGGUCUGUUUCACCGCCCGAACACUCCCGAGUUCCUCAUCAGUCUUACCGAGCAGUCGCGCUAAAACACUCGCACAUACUCUACAAGUCGAGUCGAUGCGUGAGUAUAUUAGGAAAGAAAUAUAAUUGCUGCUUAAGAUGAGAAAGGAGCGCCAAACAAAAAGGCAUAAUUUUCAAAGAUGCACAAUUAUAACAAGGCAGUUUGUUUGCACUUACUUCUUUGAUAUGCACUCCUUAAAUAUAUGAGAAUUUUCUAACAUAAAAAGCAUCCAUCUUUAUACAUGCAUACACUACACACAAAAAACAAACAAACAAACAAAAAAAAAACUUUGCACACUAAAACAUAAAUAUCGAUUUUUUUCUAUUUAAGUCGUUGAUGUUUUAUGUGAUUUUUUUUUUUUUUUUUUAAUACAUGAAUGUGUCUCCAUACAUAACAGGUCAGUUUUUGUGAUGUAAAUUAUUAUUAUUUUUUUUAUGUUUAAAAGAUUAACUCGGGUAUGUUCACGGAUGUUGCGUCGAUGGGUUUUUUCUUCUUCCUUUUUUUUUUUUGUAAAUAUCCGUCAUUUUUAUACUGUGGUGAAAAUGCUCUGGCUUACAUUAUUCUAACAUUUAACUGACAUGAAACCACCAUACACUUGUUGUUUUUUUUACAUUCAUAUUUGACAUACUGACCAAGAAAAGUGCUUCCUCUCCGUCAUUAUAAGUCGUCCUGUUUGACAUGAAGGGAAGUCCUCUCCGUGUGUGCUCUGAAUCUGUCGAACACUACGCAGUUUGCUUUGUGAUUUUGAACAUUACCAAGAAAGCAAACCGAAGAAUACUCGCUCGGACUUGACAGCUGUCUGUCCCCGUAUUCGAAAAAAAAAACAACAAAAAAACGACGUCACUAAGCUCAUGUACUACGUUUUGCGAUGCCACUAACGUUUCUAUUCGGCUAUUUUCUUUUCUUUUCUUUCUUUUUCUUUUUUUUUAAAAAUAAUUUGAAAUAAAUCAAGAUUACUUGAAUGUAAUUCAUAACUCGAUGAAAAUGUACUUGUGGCUCGUAAUGUCAUUAAUGUUAUUGACUUGUAACUGAGUUUUACAUUUCUCGCUUGCAGUCCAGGUAAACUCUUCAAGUUGGACCAAUUUCCAAAUGGCUUCCUGUUCACUACUAUAUAUGCUCACUACAUAGGGCAGGUAAGGCUGUCGCAGUGCACUACGUACGCAGUAGAACACCGUUUUCGAUUAAGUCACCUAAGUGCACCUAUUAUGGUUUUCCAGAUAUGACCUUUCAUGUAGUGUGUUAUAGAGCUGUCUGUGAAUGUAAAAACGUCUGCAAAGUUUCAAAAAAAACAAAGCGCACGACGAAAGGACUCCCAAAAGAAGGAAUCGAUUCUGAACAGCUGAAACGAGUCGUUAGCGAUUCCAGACUUUACUUCCUGUACUAACCUAUGUAGGUUUGUAACAAAAAGCCCCGCCUCUGGACUUCAUCGGCUGCUCGCUGACAGACAUAAUAGAUAGACUGAUCACAACAGACUGGGACAUCUGACCAAUCAGAGCAGAGUAUGCUCUCUGAAAGGAGGAGCUUAGAAUGAAUCCUUUAGAACGGAUCAUUUAACGAGUCGUUUGUGACACCGGGGGGGUAACGCUGAAGUUUAAAUUAUGAGCACGAUAAAGUGUUUUUUGAUCUCGGAUGCAUGUAAAUCUAUUGUAUGAGACCUUUAAAACAAAAUUCGUACAUGUUGCAAAACCAUCAUAGGUGCGCUUUAAGUUUCCAUCCAUUUUUAAGACGGUCUGAUAACGUUUGUGCUCGACAUUUUUCAUAUUUUCGGCUUUAUCCGGGUCGCCUACUGCCUUUAAAACAAGCUCGCUGUGCCUCUUGCUGAGAGGGAGACGAACUUUCAGUGCGCUACGUUCAAAUUUUUUGAUGACUAUGAAAUCUUUGCGUAUUUGACCAGUUGUGCCUGUCAUCACUAAUCCCUACUGUACACCUUGCAGAGAAACUCCUCCUACUUUCAUGAGUAGCAUUACAGUAUGUGAUGGUGUUAAGUGGGGUGUUUGGGGGGGGGGCAUGGCCUCGACCAAGUGUGUGCAUAGUUCUCAGAGUUCUAGGUUUAGAUUAGUAACUGUACCGUGUCUUACAGUCCAUCCAUAAGUCACUGUUUCCUAGACGCAAUAAUAAUUAACCCACUGGACCGAAUGCCUGCCAUGUUCAAGUUAAGAUCAUUUCCAUUAUAUCCGUGAGUUCCAUUAGGAGAGACAGAUUGGCCACUUGAAUCCUGUGAGCUGUAUUUUCACUGUAAACUUCCUCCAUAAUUCCUGAACAAAGCAGUUUGGUUAUGUGCUUGUGCGUGUGUGUGUGUUUUCUUUUUUUUUUAAAUAUUAAUGUAUUAGGUUGCUUUGGUACAGUAAACAUUCCACAAGGGACGUGUCAAAUGAGCUACCUGUUAGAAAUAAAACUUAUCCCUAAACACCCCCCCGUAAUGAUUAUGCCUGACCUCCAGUGGGUUCGCCCACCCUGCAUACUGCCUUGACAUAUUACAACUCUAACCAGCCUUUAUUUCUCGCCGAACAUCCUCGUAUAAAAGAGUUCCAUCGACAAGGAUUAUUUACAGCUGAGUGCAAGGGUUCGUUUUCCCGUCGGACAAAAUAAAUGGUAACGGAAGCGGUGGAAUCUCAUUGGUUAAGACGUUGGACUAGCGAUCGCAAUGUCGCGAGUUCAAAUACCAGCACCGCCAAGCUGCCGCUGUCUUUAACCCUCAACUGCUCAGUUGUAUAAAUGAUAUAAACGGAAGUCGCUCCGGAUGAAAAGGCGUCUGCGAAAUGCCGUAAAUGUAAAGUUUCUCGUACAGGUCGUUAUUAUAUCGCCUCCACAACAGGGUUUUUCCACUGAUUUUCAUUCUUAGUCCAUGACCUAGUGAACCAGUAUCAGGAUAUAUUUAUUAACAGAGACGUAAAAGCACUUCUGCACAUUCAGUCGCUCUGGAUAAGAGUGUCUCCCAAAUGCCGUAAACGUAAACGUAAAUUACAACAGGUUUAAUUUAUUGUAACAGGACGUUUUACGUUUCACAUAUAUUCCAUUAUUAGCACAAAUAAACUAUUUAACCAGACAGGUUUAGACAAAAAAGACAAAAUAUCCGUUCAUAUGCUUGCGUUCACCUUUCUGAACGUGACUUAAACGCUCCAUUCCGAUUGGUCAGAUGGUGUCCGUUCAUUUUCCGUUGAUUUGCAGCUGGCACUGCGGUCUGUUAAAGAAACCGCAAGCUUACAUUAAUGAGCUCGGUCUAAUGUGUUAUCGUUUCUGUAGUAACGACUUACACGGGGAUUCAAAACGUGUACGUUUUCUCUGAGGAGACGUUCAUUUAGCGAUUUUAUAAAGAGUCUCUCGUGUCAGUGCUUUGCAACAGAGGUAAAACUUUAUCUUUUUAAUGUUAUUAUUAUUACAGGAAAGUCGUUUGCGGUUUCUCUGUAAUAUGAAAAGCUGCGGGGGAGUUUUUUUUGUUGUUGUUGUUUUGUAUUAUUAACUUCAAGAGAGUAAAAAUGAGAGUCUGGUGAAGGAACGUCUGUUUAUGGCGGCUCUAAUGUCGAAAUUAAUGAUAGGAACUUAAACGUCACUAUGAAUGGAUCCGUCAUUCUUUAAUAAAAAUUUGUUCUUGUUGGCAAAUCGCUGUGGUAUAAGAGGCAUUUUUGGCAGACGCGCUUAUCCAGAGCGACUUACGUUUAUCUCAUUUAUACAUCUGAGCAGUUGAUGGUUAAGGGCCUUGCUCGAGGGCCCCACCAGUGGUAGCUUGGCAGUGCUGGGGCUUGAACUUCUGACCUUCUGAUCAGUAACCCAGAGCCUUUAGACACUGAGCCACCAGUCUCCAACUAACUCCAACCUCUUUCAGGUUCUCUGGAUCUUCUCUGGAGUAAUGUUGUUAAGUCAAGUUACAUUUCUUUUUUACAUCCCAAACACUACAAACUUCCAGCUGUCUAUUUGAAGAGCAGUCAGAUGUUCCAUAGAUCUGCCUCCCAAGUCAUCCCAAGGCUUUUGUUUUUUUUUUUUCCCCCUCACAGGAUAUUAUUGUGAUAUUAGAUAUCGCAUGGAGAUGUUUUUCUGGACUUCGCUCUGUCUGACAGUUCAUGAACAAAUCUUUCCUUUGUUCGAGCACCACUCUCGCUAAGCCUAAUUAGAGGUAAGAAGACACUUGCUGGAACGGAACUUUUCCUAUGACUGUCCUGAUCCAAGCCUUCUUGUUUUGCAGUGAUAAAUGAGCAGACAUCGUGGCACGAGAGUCAUUUAGCUGGGUGCACAUGAUGCGCCUGCAUGCGAGAUGCUCACGCUCAAUGGCACCUGAGAAAACGGAAAGCUAUUUAACAAUGUGUUCAUGUUUAUGCUGUACAUUUAUCUGUACUUUCCUACGUUUUCGCCGUUCAUGUGUCAAGCUAGAUCUGGAUUUAUGAACAUCAAAACAUGUGAGGUACACGCCAAGGUUAAAAUUUCAACACUUUUAACAGUAGAUAUCACCACAAAACGGCUUUACAGGAAGUGAUGUAGAUUCCUAAUGAACAAGCCGGAGAGGAAAAAACCCGGAGAGGAACCCGUCCACUUCAGGCAGACUCUGGAUCGUGUGACUAUACAUCAUUACAGUAUACAGUAAUAUAGAGACAAAACAAACAGUACACAAUGCAUUGAAAGGAUUCAAAAUGAGCAGAUUGUGAAUGAAGGCCUUUCUACACUUGGCCUACAUACUUCGGUCGGACGGAUUGAAGCGAAACCCAGACCAACAUUUUAAAGAGGACCGAGAAUCUGUCCUCUCGACCUCUCCUGAGAUCUUGAAAACAGCUUUCAGACCAAAUGUAUCGAACUCUUGGGGGGACAAACGGCCCAGGUUCCAGGAAAAAUAACCCAGUUGAGCGUUAGGACAGGCUUUAUGAUUACAGUACCAGUUCCUAUGAACAAAUCUUAUCCAAAGCUAUGGGAAAUAAGUCACAACUGCAGAAAGCUUCAGACGACCAAGGAGGAGGCCAGUGGUGGCUCAGUGGUUGAAGGCUCUGGGUUACUGAUCAGAAAGUCAGUAGUUCAAGCCCCAGCACUGCCAAGUUACCACUGUUGGGCCCUUGAGCAAGGCCCUUAACCCUCAAUUGCUCAGUUGUAUAAAUGAGAUACAUGUAAGUCGCUCUGGAUAAGGGCGUCUGCCAAAUAUUACCAAAGUGGUUUAGGCAUGACGAGAACAAUGUUUGUUCCCACUGGUCUGUUUCGUAGCAUUCAUCUCUGACUGAAGCUCUGCGCUGAUUAUUAUUACACCACAAAGAGUGUGUGGAAGGUGACCUCCUUCGGGAAGGACCCCUCUCACCCAUCCUACAACUGCUUUAAGCCCCUUCCAUCUGGGAAGAGGCUAGGAAUUAUUCAAGCCAGAAAGUCCAGACUCUGGAACAGUUUCUUCCAGCAAGCAGUCAGACUUCUUAACAGCCAUGUCUAACUGUGAACACCCCAAUCCAUCUUUUAUCCAUUGCUAUGUGAUGUGCUAAAAAUGACAAUAAAUCUGACUUUGAUUAUUAGCCACCAAGAAGCCAAUCAGAGUGCUAUACUGCAAGUAUCCUUGGGAAUGGACCAUAAAGCCAAGCCUACUUAUUUACAAUGAUGGCUGAUAGGAGGACAAAUGGUUCUAGUGGUCCUGCAGCCAUUUUGAGCUUGGCUCACGGCACUAAGGACAUUCCUGCGAACUCUUCUUCGUGUCAGCUGGCUCAUACUUUCAGCAGGUGUGGCCCCAGUUCAACAUCUGGGCUGGAGCUUAAUCGUAACUCUCACUGCUCUCCAAAUAUAGCUGUGGCUGGAAGAGGGAGAUUAGGCAACAGCGGCAAGAAGAGAGGGAUGCAGCGGAAGAGCGAGUCCCACUGCAACCAUCGGAAUGAGACAAAUGUGUUGUUCUGGAAGAGGCCUAUCAAUCUGUUGGACAUGCACUCAAUGGCUGAAGUCAUAAUGGCCUGAGAGACACUUUCGAGUUUAUCUAACAGACAGCCUGAAACUAAUCGGCACAUGAGCUCACCAGACAAAAAAAGAUGAUGAAUCAUGGCAAUCCAUUCAGUAAUCUAGAAAGAUCGCGAUACAAAAAUCAUACUGGAUUAUCUUAUCUAUGAAGAGGCUUCCAUAAAGGAAAAAAAAAUCCCAACAAAAUAUAACCGAUCGUUAUCUGUUCUCAUAAUUCUGACUUUUUGGCCAGUCAGAGGAAUGUUUGGGUGCACGUAGGGGGGAACUGAGAUGCUUCACAUGGUUGCACGAUGAAGCAAGACGGAGCAGAUGUUAAUGUGUGAAGCAGUGGAAGAUUCUGACUGUUCUCAUUCAUACAGUAUAACAAAUUAACACAAUGUGCACAGUGUGGCUUAUACGAGCGUGACGAAUGGUGACUAACACGCAACGCACAUUCAGCCCGUGAUAUUCACGCUCAAAAACUUGCAGAUUGAUAAUGGCAUCCUAUAAAUUUGCAUAAGAGCUUUUAGUAACGCAUUAAUAAGGCUGGUAUUUGAGUGGCUACAUGGCAAUUACAUAACCCCUGACAUAAACCUAUUUAUAAAUACAAGUGUCAUUGCUUUUGCCAGUUUUAUGUCAAGUUGCAGUGGCAUUGUAAUUUCUUCCCAAGCCUCUAAAGUGUUUUUACUAUUUGUGCAAUUUUAUGAAUAUUUAUCAUUUCUAAUGCCAUGACUCUAUAUUGGAUAUGUAAUAUAUAACUGUUAUGCCCAUUUUGUGCCUGCUGCAUUAGUGCUUCCUUAGAAAAGAGAAAAUAGACGUUCAGUUUUAUUUGAUUUGAUUUUUUUCUUUUCUUUUUUUUUUUUUUUUUUACAAAGAUUCAAUGUCACAUUUUUACUUUUAAUUAAAAGGCCAAUAUUUAUGGCAUUUGUCAGA